AUGUCGAAUCAGAUGCCGAUCUAUAGUCAAGUGGUGCCGAAGUCUCAGUACCGGGGUAGGAACUCGAAAGGUGUCGCCUCGCGAGAGACGCGCGGUACGAACCAGGCGCGAGUGGAUUUCGAUCCGCUGAACUUCAACCACGGCGGCAACGUGCAGCUGCUGAACGCACCGCUCGAGAGCAGAAUGGAGAAACUGGAGAAGCCGGAGAGGGCGGAGAAGAGGGAGUCCCGCCGCAAAGAGGAGAACAGCCGCUCGAGGAGGAAGAACGAAGCGUGCGAGGGAAAGGUCGAGGCGUAUUUGAGGCAGAACCAGAUCAGCAUGAGACAGCAACAGCACAGGCACUCGGCGGUGAGGCAGGCGGAGCACAGAGUGAACCUUAGGUCCCUUCCAUUGAACGAGAGGGAACGCGAAGGCUCCAGGGAGUAUCGGCGCGAGAGAGAAAGGGACAGGGAUAGAGAGAGGGACAACAACUUCGAAUUCGAAGGAACGGGAUCACCUUUGAGCCCUAUCGCCUCGCGGGCGAUAGAGAGGGACUCCGCACGGCCAGUCCGCAAGUCCUCCUCCGGCCAGAAGGUGACGGAGCCAGCUAUAACCACGGACAAGCGACGCUUCUUCUGCAGGGAGUGGGCCUUCCAGAAGAUCGCUCACUGUCUGGAGCAGCGGCCAGUGAGCAAGACGUGCGGGGCGCUCAUACUAGGUGAUGCGGGUAGUGGAAAAACUGCUCUCUGCCAAGAGCUCAGUCAGCCAGGGCAGGGCCCGCAGGCGAGACAGCAAAGGGCUCUAAACAGGCGGUUGCUAGCACGAUACUUUCUGCAGGGCGACAACGAGAACAGCCUCCGUCCCGGCGAGUUCGUCCGCUCGCUCGCGAUGCAGAUCCUGAGCCACUCGUCGCGACGGCCCCGCGCCGACGCCGACGCCGACGCGGACCAUUCUCCACCCGACAACAGGUACUCG